GGCGCUAUAAGAGGGCGGCGGCCGCGGGGCGCCCUGCGCGGGGCCAGGAGCGCGAUGGUCAGCCGCCGUGGCGCGGCAAGAUGCUGGAUGGGCCCCUGCUGGCGCGCUGGCUGGCCGUGGCCUUCGCGCUGACGCUGCUACUUGCCGCGCUGCGCCCCUCGGCCGCCUACUUCGGGCUGACCGGCAGCGAGCCCCUGACCAUCCUCCCGCUGACCCUGGAGCCUGAGGCUGCCGCGCAGGCGCACUACAAGGCCUGUGAUCGCCUGAAGCUGGAGCGGAAGCAGAGGCGCAUGUGCCGCCGGGACCCGGGCGUGGCCGAGACUCUGGUGGAGGCGGUCAGCAUGAGCGCCCUGGAGUGUCAGUACCAGUUCCGCUUCGAGCGCUGGAACUGCACCCUGGAAGGCCGCUACCGGGCCAGCCUGCUCAAGCGAGGCUUCAAGGAGACGGCUUUCCUCUACGCCAUCUCCUCAGCCGGCCUCACGCACGCGCUGGCCAAGGCCUGCAGCGCAGGCCGCAUGGAGCGCUGCACCUGUGACGAGGCGCCUGACCUGGAGAACCGCGAGGCCUGGCAGUGGGGCGGCUGCGGGGACAACCUCAAGUACAGCAGCAAGUUCGUCAAGGAGUUUCUGGGCCGGCGGUCGAGCAAAGACCUGCGUGCCCGCGUGGACUUCCACAACAACCUCGUGGGUGUGAAGGUGAUCAAGGCCGGGGUGGAAACCACAUGCAAGUGCCACGGUGUGUCAGGCUCCUGUACCGUGCGGACGUGCUGGCGACAGCUGGCACCCUUCCACGAGGUGGGCAAGCGCCUAAAGUACAAGUACGAGACGGCACUCAAGGUGGGCAGCACCACCAACGAGGCUGCGGGCGAGGCGGGCGCCAUCUCUCCGCCCAGGGGCCGGGCCUUGGGCACAGGCGGCGACCCGCUGCCCCGCACGCCGGAGCUGGUACACUUGGACGACUCGCCCAGCUUCUGCCUGGCUGGCCGCUUCUCCCCAGGCACUGCCGGGCGCAGGUGCCACCGCGAGAAGAACUGCGAGAGCAUCUGCUGUGGACGUGGCCAUAACACGCAGAGCCGGGUGGUGACACGGCCCUGCCAGUGCCAGGUGCGCUGGUGCUGCUACGUGGAGUGCCGGCAGUGCACGCAGCGGGAGGAGGUCUACACCUGCAAGGGCUAGCGCCGCCGGCCAGGCUGCCCGGGGGGUGUGGGCAGCGAGUGCAGCGGGGGCGCCUGCCCUUGCAGGCUGAGCCCCAGGCUGGGUGCCCCCAGCACAUUGGGGCAGGAGGAGGCGGCGGCAGGAGCCUGGGGCAGGCUGGGGAGCUGUCUCCGCCUCUCUGUCUCCCCUCAGAGGCCUGGUCUGACCUCUGCGUACCCUCUGCUUGUCCCGCCCAGGGACCUGACAGCAUUGCACUGAUGCUUUCCAGGCUGUGUCUGUCCCUAGACUCCAGUUCCUGGGUCACAGCGCCCCGCAACGCUUGGGCUCCCUCUGAGGCGCGCGGUGCACCUGCACGACCACCCAGGGCCUCGGCAGCAGCCUGUGGGCUGCCCUCCACCAGCUCUGGUGAGAGCCAAACCACUAGGAGAGGGGCAGCCAGCCACCCAGGUGUGGGGGCGCCGUCGCCCCGCCGUCCAGCAUCAAAUACUUCUCUUUGGAGUGAUAACAGUGACUUUAAGUUAUUUUUAUUUAAUAUAUAAUAAUUAUUUUCUCUGCCCCCUCUAUGUCCCAGGCUGUGGCUCUUCCAGUCUGGAGGGGCCCCUCCCUUGCUCCACGACCCCGACUCCCAGACUUCUUUGCCUGAUCUGCUUUGUGUUUGAAACCACUAAGUCCAGAGAGACGUUGCUGUUGUUGUUCUAAAUUAAAGUAAGCUGUGUCUGGCCGCCUCCCUCAGGGCUUCCAAAAGUCAGGUCCAGGUCGCUGCCCCGGGGGCCGCCCUGGGAAAGGUGCCUGUGGGCACGCGGCCCUGCACCCCAGCUUCCAUUGCAGAUUCUGGGGCCGGGAGUGGCAGAGGCUGGCCUGCCCCUGUCUCUGUGGCAAGGGCUGUGUGUGGGCAGAAGGGCAGGGCCAGCCCCUUGGAGCAUUUAUGUCACAAGAAAGGCUUUGCUUGCUCUGUGUUCCUGUGGAGGAGGCAGGGUGGGAAGGGAUGUGAUGGAGUCUGGGGCUAGGAUUUGGCAGACGGAAGGCUGUUCCUUGGCCAUCCUCUUGUCUUUGACGGAAGGGGAAAAGAACGGUCUACAUGGACCUGGUUUGGUCUUGGUGUGUGGUAUAUGUACAUGCAUGUGCAGUGUGUGCACAUGAGUUGUGUGUGAGAGCAUGUGUGAUGUGUAUGCAUGCACGAGCGCACAUGCAUGUGUGUGAGCACACGCACACAUCUAUGGUGGGUGCAUGUGUGUGCAUGAGUGGACAUGCAUAUGUUUGUGGGUGUGCGCGUGUGCGCAUGGGUGCAUGCAUCUAAGCACACAUGUGCUGUGUGCAUGUGUUCGCACGUGGGAGCACAGGUGGUGUGUGCAUGCAUGCAUAUGUGUGAGCAUGUGCUUGUGCGUGUGUGUGUGUUGGUGUGGUCUGUGGGGGCCGGGAUGUGGCCUCCACCCUGUGCCCUCCCUUAGCAUGGGCCUCUCCUUCCCACAUUGACGUGAAUGGCAGUCUUGGCUCUGGAGCCUCUGCCCUGGGCCCGUCCUGCUUGACUGGGUGGCUGUGCUCUGAGGGUGCAGGCAGUGUGGAGGCGGGAACUACUGAGCUAGGGUGUUCCUCAGAGUCACGGGGGGCUCCAGGAACCCCAGGGAACUGUGUUUUUAAAAGAAAACCUAUUUAUGUUGAUGUGGGUCUUUUAGUCCCUGUUUUAUAGUGUAAAUAGUAAAGUUUAUUCUCCUGUGGUUCAGAGGACGCCCCGUGAAUAGCUGUGCUGUGGAGGCGCAUCCUGGAAGGGAGCCAGGCAGACUCUGCGGUGGCAGGAGACGCGGGCCUGCCCCUCGCUCCCCGCAGGCCUGGCUGGACAGGGCGGGGGGCGGUGAGCGAGGGUGCAGCCUGGCUGUCCCCGUGGAUCCCCACCGGCCGGGGCCCAAAGCGGGUGGGGCGUCACGCUCCCGUGAUAAGACUAGCCAGUCACUACUGGGUCCGGAAAGGUGGCAAGUCAGAGGAAGGGGUUUUUUUGGUUUGUUUUUUUAUUUUUAAUUAAAUACCACAUUUAGCUAUAUGGCAUAAAUAAUAAGAAAAGUAUUUUUUUAAACAAGGCAGACUGAAAAUGUCUGCUGGCUGGUUUGUUUAUAUAUAAAUAUAUAUCAGAAUGUCUUGCUAAGUGAAGAAACAACUCCCACUGACGGAGCCUCUCCUGAACGUGCUUCUCUUUCAUGUGGCAGAGGAUCUCUGAAGAAACGUGUCGGUAGUGGGGCCCGAGCCCGGCCUAAGCCUCGCGAGGGGCCGCGGGGGGCGGGCCGCCGCGCG